AUGGCCAACAAAAGCGACCUUCAGUUCUCCAUCAGGGAAUACAGACCAUCAGAUCAACAUGUGGUCAUGUCUCUCUUUCACGAUGGAAUAUUUGAACAUAUUUAUCCAGCAUUUUUCAAGGCCAUAAGCAACCCAGACCAUGUCGGCAUUGCUUUGAGCAUUUCCAUGGCUGGCUAUGUCCUUGGAGGUAGCUCCUACUUUCAAGCUCUGCUCUUUGGCAGUAUUUGGGCUGGCUUUGUUUAUUACUGCUGCCAUGACAUCUACGAUCGCUACAUGAUGGGGAGGCUAAGUGCUGAUAUGGCCUACAUUCAAGCAAGCUACCUGGAAAAUCCAGAUAAUGGCUUCUGGGUGGCAGAAGUAGAUGUCAACGGGCAGGCCAAGGUGGUGGGGAUGGUGGCGGUGAUGGGCAAAAGGGAGGAAGACGACGGUGAAAGGUUUGACGACUUGAACGGAGCAGUGAGCGGCACAGAGUUCGCUCAAGAUGCCGUCAACAGAAGUUAUGCCCAAAUGUCUCACAUAAUUGUGGCGUUUUCAUGGCGCCGCAAAAAUCUGGGCUCACGGCUCACACGGAGGGCUUUGGAUUUCUGCAAGGAACGAGGCUUUUCCCGUCUCAUUAUGGACGUUAGCUCGCCACAGACUGCAGCUAUUUCCAUGUGUCAAAAACUUGGUUUUGUCCAAACGGGUUCCCUCUGUAACACCCAUGCCAAUCGCUGGUUCUACAAACUUGCGAGAAUAACUGUAAAACGAAUGGAGAGGUCAAUUUAA